AUCAGAGGUGGUUUAUGAGGCGAGCAGGCCAAUCACGGUCGCGGAUUUGUGCACCAAUUUAAACCAGGAGGAAGCAUUUUGUGUUUUGAGAAGUGCAAUACACGGUAGUGAAUGAGGAAAGCCAAACAAACAUUUGGUCUUUUUUAAAUCUUUUUCGGAAAAGUAUCUUCAGCACAAAAGUAAACAGAGAGAAGAUGCAAGUUUAAAUGUAUGCUUAAGUAAAGCCGAAUCUAUGCUAACAGUAACUCAUUUGGUACGUUAGCCAAGUCGACGUUAAAUCUGAUUACUUUUAUCGUUAAGUUCAGUUAAAAGAAACAACAUGCCGUCCCGUGUGGAAGACUACGAAGUGUUGUACACUAUAGGCUCCGGUUCUUAUGGAAGAUGUCAGAAAAUAAAGCGCAAAUCUGAUGGCAAAAUACUUGUGUGGAAGGAGCUGGACUACGGCGCCAUGGCAGAGAGUGAAAAGCAGAUGCUGGUGUCAGAGGUGAACCUCCUGAGGGAGCUGAAGCACCCAAACAUAGUGCGGUAUUAUGACCGCAUCAUAGACCGGUCUAACACCACUCUGUACAUUGUCAUGGAGUAUUGCGAGGGUGGGGACCUUGCCAGCCUCAUCAGCCGAUGCAUUAAGGAAAGACGUUAUUUGGAGGAGCGUUUUAUCCUGCGAGUCAUGGCACAGCUCACAUUAGCCCUAAAAGAGUGCCACAGACGGAGUGAUGGGAGGGCCACAGUUCUUCAUCGAGACCUGAAACCAGCAAACAUCUUUCUCGACGUCAGACAGAAUGUGAAGCUUGGUGACUUCGGCCUAGCCAGGAUCUUGAAUCAUGACACCAGCUUUGCAAAGACAUUUGUUGGGACACCUUAUUACAUGUCUCCAGAACAAAUAAACCAGAUGUCGUACAAUGAGAAGUCAGACAUAUGGUCACUGGGAUGUUUGCUGUAUGAACUCUGUGCAUUGUUGCCUCCAUUUACAGCUUAUAACCAAAAAGAGUUGGCAGAGAAGAUCAGAGAGGGAAGGUUCAGAAGAAUCCCAUACCGAUACUCUGAAGAACUGAGCACCUUACUCAGCAAAAUGCUCAACUUAAAGGACUAUCUAAGGCCCUCUGUGGAGUCUAUUCUCCAGAGCAGCCUGCUGGCUGUUGCGGUUGCAGAGGAGCAGAGAAGGGCACAGGUGCGGCUCCGAAGACGGUCCGCUGACUUCGACUGUCCCCUUCAGAAGCAGGAUGAAGCGGCCCCCAUCUCUGCUGCAGAGCUCAGACUCAGGGAGCAGGCGCUGCGAGACAGAGAAAAAGCUCUCAAGGAACGUGAGGAGAGGCUGGAGCAAAGGGAGCAGGAGCUGUGUGUUCGUGAACGACUGUCAAACGAGAGGUUUGCAAGAGCAGAGGGUUUAUUGAAGAAUUACAACUGGCUCCAGCAGCAGAGGGACCUGGCACCGCUCUUUGGCAAAAACAUAGAUGUGGAGAACCUCUCCCCUAGCAAGAGGAAGGUGCACUUCGCUGGUGAGAGCAAAGAGAACCAGCUGUCUGAUAGUGGUCAGAGCGUGAUGUCCCACAAACUGAUUCUGAGGCUGCAGGCGGCCAAACAGCGCGCCCAAACACUGAACAAAGUGGAGAAGGCCUGUGAGUUCAAGAGCAGGCAGCUCCUUGGCAUCCGCUGAGCAUGCAGCCAAUGCUGACUUGUGACUGAUUGCAAAAGCUACUGGAGGCUAGAGUCAUAAUAAGUGAAUAAUGUCAGAAUUUAGUUUUACACUUUGAUUUGUAGGCGUCUUACUGUUAUAGGUAGCUGUUAUGAUUGUAAAUGUAUAUCCUUGCUAUUAAUAUAGUUUAUAUAUUAGUAGUA